GAAGUAGCAGGGGGUCCCUCUGCUCCUGCGUUCGGCUGUCUUGCCCACUGGGUUAGUGAUUGACGCGGCGGUGUGGAUUCUUUUGUAUGUUUGUGCGGAAUGUAGCCGGCACGCCCGGACCUCCAAUAACGAUAGCCAAAAAGCCAAAAUACCGGGCUGCUUGGUCCAGGGCCGGACGCCUAGCCGACCAGACUUGGAGCUUCAUAGCCAUGGCAACGGAGGAGUCAGGAGACGCCAAAGCAGAGCCAGCCCUCUCUUCAUCAACCAAUCGGAGCCAGAAGGCGUCUGAAAAACCAGACUAUGCUCUCAAAUUUACCCUCGUGGGUCACACGGAAGCAGUAUCGUCAGUUAAGUUUAGUCCUAAUGGAGAAUGGCUGGCAAGUUCUUCUGCUGAUAAAGUAAUUAUAAUUUGGGGAGCCUAUGAUGGAAAAUAUGAGAAAACACUUUAUGGUCACAAUCAGGAAAUAUCAGAUAUUGACUGGUCAUCAGAUUCCAGUUGUCUUGUUUCUGCCUCAGAUGAUAAAACUCUCAAGAUUUGGGAUGUGAGAUCUGGAAAAUGUUUGAAAACGCUGAAGGGGCACAGUAAUUAUGUUUUUUGCUGUAAUUUCAAUCCAUUGUCCAACCUCAUAAUUUCGGGAUCUUUUGAUGAGAGUGUAAAAAUAUGGGAGGUGAAAACGGGUAAGUGCCUCAAGACUUUGUCUGCUCAUUCUGACCCAGUUUCUGCUGUUCAUUUUAAUUGUAAUGGGUCCUUGAUAGUAUCAGGUAGCUAUGAUGGCGUCUGUAGAAUUUGGGAUGCUGCAUCAGGUCAGUGUUUAAAAGCACUUGUUGAUGAGGAUAACCCUCCUGUCUCUUUUGUAAAAUUUUCUCCAAAUGGCAAAUAUAUUCUUAUUGGAACUUUGGACAAUACUCUUAAACUAUGGGAUUACAGCAGAGGCAGAUGCUUGAAGACAUAUACUGGUCAUAAGAAUGAGAAAUACUGCAUAUUUGCCAAUUUUUCAGUGACUGGUGGAAAGUGGAUUGUGUCUGGUUCAGAGGAUAACCUGGUUUAUAUUUGGAACCUUCAGACCAAAGAGAUUGUACAAAAAUUACAAGGUCACACAGAUGUCGUAAUCUCAGCAGCUUGUCAUCCUACAGAAAACAUUAUUGCAUCAGCAGCAUUAGGAAAUGACAAAACAAUUAAACUGUGGAUGAGCAACUACUAAAUCCUUUAGAAAUCAAGUAGUAGAGCCAAGGUGGCAAAAAGUCAGAUAUUUAAAAAGAUGGUUUCUCUUAAUUUUGGCAUGAUUUUGUAUUUAUUUUUAACAUUGUCUUGGAAUGUAAGAUUUUAAGAUCUAUAGUAUAAAUUUACAAAGCAAGACAGAUGGAAAAGCAAAGAACCUAGGGCUUCUGACUUUUACUCUUGAGGUCUGUUAUUAAUCUCGUUUCUGUCCCUGAACAGAAUUCCAUUGUUCCCCUCAAUGACUAUUCAUGAGUGUAUUUGAGAAAUAAUUAGAAGUAAGAUUCAUAAGACAGGAUGACUGAUUAAAUGAGGGGGGCAAAGGAGUAUGGAAUAAACUCCAAGGUUUUCGGUUUGAGAGAUCAGAUGAAUAAAUGUAAGCCUGGGAUGAUGGUGGGUUGGAGAUGUAUGUCAGAUGCCACUCAAACACUGAGAUAGAUAGCCCACGUGAUGGGACAUGACAUGGUCCAUGGAAUCAAGUCUGCAAAUUGGGAAAAAUAAGUCAUGGUUAGGUUUGUUCUCAGAGUCUAAAACAUUAUAAAUGGCAUUUUUACUGAAGGACCUCUCAAUGCCUUGUUAGAUUGUACUGUCUCAUGAUUUUUAAGCAAGCUAAAAUACCUGAAUGGUGGGGCUGCUCUCUGAUUAUGUGUCUGACCUACUAACUACUACCCGUGCUUCAAACUCAGUUCAGAAAUCACUUUGUGGAGCCAUCACGGCCUGUGUGACUCCAACGACAGCUGAUAGCUGAGUUAGGUUUUCUUGUUUCUCCUACAGCUUCUGUUGAUAUCAAAAUAUAUCCUUUACUAAUUUGUAUUGUAAUGGUUUCAUGGACUAUGUUUCCUGUAAAUUAUGAGCUCUAUGGAAUCAAGAAGUAUGUCUUACUCAUCUUUGUAUUCUCAGUUUUUGUAUGUAGAAGGGACUCACAUAACGUUUGAGGAAUGACAAUGAAUUAUACCACCACCACUUCAUUCCUUGCCUGCUUCCAAUAAAUAUUUGGAAUCAGUUCUCCACACUAUUAUUUUUGUUGAUUAAAUAAUCUGAGUAUAACCUCAUAUAUUAAUUUUAUUCAAACACUAUAUAGAAAAUACAAAGUGGAAAAUAGUUUCUGCCCACUUUACCUACAGAGACAUGAUAAACAUGAAAAAAAUCUAGAAAUUAAGUUAAAAAUAAUACAAAAAUAAUUGAAAGCAUCAAGGGCAAAACUGUCUUCUGUAUUCUAUAGUACCUUAUAGUGCUGAUUAAAUCUGAUUUGCUUGACAAGUUCUGAGGAACAAGAUAUUAGAGUUCGGGUAUGACUGCUAAGAAGUUUGUAUGUGUGGGUGCGGGGAGAUACGGGGUUAGAUAGGGACAAGUCUUAAAUUCUGGUGAAGAAAUUUAUAUUUAACCCAUAAAGAAGUAGUCACUAAAUUCUUGAAAAGGAGAAUGACACAAAAUGAGAAAUGACUGUAUAAAUUUUUGCUGCAUUUUAAAAUUUAUGAGCUUUCGUUUAAUAAAACAUUUUUAUUAUAAUGUCCAAGUUACACUACUUUAAAAUGCUGCUUUAGAAGCUAAAAAUGGUAUUAUUCUCUGAAAAAAGAUUGCUUAUUUUUAAAAGAAGUACAUUAACAUUUACCCAUAUUUAAAACAUUGGUUUUGGUAAGAUGUAACAUGAGUGUUCCAAAAUAAGCAAGAGAAACUACUCUGCUACAAUGUAUAAGAAACGAUGCUUUUUGAUAAAUUUGCAAGUGAUAAAAAUCAAACUCGGUAUCUAAAACGCAGCUAUGUUCAAUUUAGUCGAAAAUAAAGUAUAUAGACAGACAUGAACACCCUCAGAUAGAUUAUGAAGCUAUAGGUAGACGGGUGUAUUACAUUUAACUUGAGUUUUUUCUUAAACCAAGUUCCCAAACAGCUGUAUAGAUUGCUUUUUAAUCUGUUAUAACCCUCUGAGGAGAAGUAGCAAGUUGGAAUGGCUAUGAGGGUUUGUCAUCCAUUAUUGCUCAUGAAGCAUGUGAGAUAAAUGAAAUACUUAAGAUAGAGACCAGCAUGCAUAUCUAAAUAUGAGACAACUUGGCAUCCCACUCAAAGUGAGGGACGUACCAGGUGCAAAUGCUUAUCUUUCAACUAAUAAAGAAAAUGCAGUUGAUAGAUUUUCGUAAGAAAAUGCAGUUGAUAGAUUUUCAUAAUUGACAAGUUUAGUGUAAAGGCAUCAGGAAAAGGCCCAGUUGGAAAUUCUAAGGCAUGGAGCAGAAGAGGUGACUGUGCUGGCUCCAAGCAACUCCAUGAUGCUGGGAUUUCAGAGUCCUCAGAAACUCAUGGCCAGACCACUUUCUUCACCUUGCCAGGACAUUUGUAAAGACUGCUCUCCGCAAAGCCUGUCUGCCAGCACACCCAAAGACUGCCAAUUGUGGUCGGGCUGCUUCCCGGGGCUCUGAGAAGAACCGUGGCACUUGGAGAGAUUAGCUGUCCAAGAUGAACUUGGCAGUGUACUCAGAUGGUCUUCCUGAUCUCUCUGGAAAUGAAUGCAAAGAACAGAGGAAAAAAUGCAGAACUAGAAGCAAGCCAUUUUGGCUUCUGGGGAGAAGUAAUACUUUGGUAAUGGGAAU